AGCGAUCUUUGCAGAAAACCUUCACCAUGGUCUGUCCUUGUUUCCUGCUCUCUUUAAGUUUCUGCUGGAGCCGUCUGCGGCUUGAAGCUUGACUUCAGAUUCCAUAGUUGGAAUACCAAACACGGAUCCUGACCGGAAGGAGUUUGGAUGGCUUUACUCCCGUCAUGCCACAUCAUCGAAGCUGUCACUAAAAUGAAGUUACCUCGGAAACGUUCCAUACUGCUCCAUUGAGCUUCAAACUUUACACCACCUGGCUUGAAAUGUCAGGAUGAAGACUAUUCGUCAGGACGUCCAUACAAACACCUCAUCUAGAAUCAUAUUGUUCGCGAGCUUGGUGCUACUGUUGUCUUCGGCCUUGCAGUUGGCCACGACAUGGAUGCAGAUGAACCGUCAGGAGCAUUGCCAGUCAAUGGUUGGCCUUAAUAAACCAUCCCCGAAGUUCGAGGAUGACUACUCAUGGCAGGGAGAUGAUUAUCCCAACGCACUUCCUCUGCACUUGGGAGAUCCAGUCGCUCUGACUCUCGAGGAUUCGAGACAUUACGCUCUGGAUACCCCUGACGCCGACGCCGAGUAUCGUUCCAUCUAUCCAGGCAACCACCUAGGUUUUAUCCGCCUCGGCCCAAACAAACGGUUCUUCGGACUGUCCAUGUAUCACCAGAUGCACUGUUUAGAUUCGUUACGACAUGCCAUUCUAGGUCGUGGUCAUACACACGCCUCAAGGAAACGAGACGUCGAGCACGCUCAACAUUGCUUGAAUUAUCUCAGACAGACGAUUCUGUGCAGUGCCGACUUGACUUUGGAGCCGGAGAUUGUUGAGGGAUCGCAGGAUGUUGGAGAGGGACUCGCUGUGACCCAUGUUUGCCGAGAUUGGAGCAAGGUGCAUGCGUUCGUCGAGCAGAAUGAGGUUGAUUGGACUUUGUGGAAGAACGAGACACACAGAUAGACCGUUUCAUUGGCUUCAGCGGUAGUUGGACUAAGACUAUUGCUGUCGUUACCAAAGUAUUCGAGGCGCAGUACUUAUAGAAGAAUACUACAAUCGGGCAUUAGCGGGGUACAUUGACAGCCUCUCAGAUUCG